AGUGUUAGCCGACUAGCCGUUAGCUUAGCAAUGAGCCAACCGUUAACGGUUAAAGUAACGGUCAUUUCUCAUAAAUAAAUUUAAAAAACGCGAUUUUAAGCUUUUAAAAUUCUUACAUCACAGCUAAAAUAAUUAAUUGUAUAUAUCAUCUCUUUUAAUUUAAUUCUCGUGACACUGUUGCUGUCAUUCGCAGAACGCCUCUUCCCCGGCGCAUCAGCCAAUCAAAUCUCUUAGGAUCUGGAUUGACUGAACUCGCAGCCAAUAGUGACCCCCGGCUACAAAUAUGACGGCUCUCUCUUUCCCCGGCGCAUCAGCCAAUCAACUCUCUUAGAAUCUUGAUUGACUGAACUGGCAGCCAAUAGCGACCCCCCCAGCUACAAAUAUGACGGCUCCCUCGCUCUCUCUCUCUUUCCGGCGCAGUUCGCUGGGGGAUGCUGAUGCUGAGGAGCUUCGCAUUGAUCUGUAGCAUCACCAGAAACAGUGUUUAUCGCCAUGUUGUAUUGUCUGAGGCUGCACCACUGGGUUGACUUAUGCCUGCUGUUGUUUCUAGUAGCGGGUCUGCAGCAGGUGGAAGCAGCAGCAGCCGGCACCGCGGAGAUGAUCGACCUCAACUGGAAGCCGUUCAUCUACGGAGGGAUGGCCUCGAUUGUCGCAGAAUUCGGGACCUUUCCCAUUGACCUGACAAAGACUCGCUUACAGGUCCAGGGUCAGUCCCAGUACACGGAGGUGCGCUACAGAGGCAUGUUCCACGCCCUCUUCAAGAUCGGCAAGGAGGAGGGCAUCCGAGCGCUCUACUCUGGGAUUUCUCCGGCUCUGUUGAGACAAGCUUCUUACGGGACGAUCAAGAUCGGAACCUACAACUCUCUGAAGAGGCUGUUUGUGAUUCAUCCAGAAGAUGAGACGAUAGUGAUCAACGUGUUCUGCGGCGUCGUGUCGGGAGUUCUUUCCUCUUCCCUGGCAAACCCCACAGACGUCCUCAAGAUCAGAAUGCAGGCUCAGGGCAGUUUGCUCCAAGGCAGCAUGAUGUCCAACUUCAUGAACAUCUACCAGACUGAGGGAACCAGAGGGCUGUGGAGGGGUGUCAUCCCCACAGCACAGAGAGCAGCCAUUGUUGUCGGGGUGGAGCUUCCUGUCUAUGACAUCACAAAGAAGCACCUCCUUCACUCGGGCCAAAUGGGAGACACUAUUUUGACACAUUUUAUUUCUAGUUUCACGUGUGGUUUGGCCGGAGCGCUGGCCUCCAACCCUGUGGACGUGGUCCGGACCCGCAUGAUGAACCAGCGGGUUCUGUCGGGAGCCCCCAUGUAUAAGGGAACGCUGGACGGACUGACGCAGACGUGGAAGAACGAGGGCUUCUUCGCCCUCUACAAGGGAUUCUGGCCCAACUGGCUGCGGCUGGGACCGUGGAACAUCAUCUUCUUCAUCACAUUCGAGCAGCUGAAGAAGUUCACGCUCUAAGCGGAGCAGGAAGUGACAUCACUGGACUGAACAGAGCAGGAAGUGACCUCACUGGACUGAACGGAGCAGGAAGUGACCUCACUGGACUGUUGUUGGGUCAGAAGGUGUGAGCUCAUUCAAACCAAUGAUGCAACACUAUGUUUGGUCAUGUCCCCCCAUGCUCAUCCAAAUCGUAUGUUUCUCACUCUCUUUGUUUGUUUGUUUGUUUCUUCACGAUGUGUUUUUAUUUAUUGUCACUUUGUUGUGUUUAUUCGUACUGUUGCUAUGGUGAUCUCUGUCACCAUCAGACACUCCACCCGGCAGCUCAACGUUCUGUAGCAGAGACUGAAGAUGACAGACUUUUGGUGGAUUUGGUGAACUUUUGCAUUUAUUAUUAUUAUUAUUAUUAUUAUUAUUAUUAUUUUUAAACAGACACUUGUGAUUGUUUCUUCUUCACAGAUCUGGUAAAAAAACAUUUAAUUUCUUUAAUAAGCGUUGCAGAAUGUCUACGCCUAGUUUUAAAGACGGUAACGUGAUAUUGUCACGUGAAUGACGUGUAUGAACGCAGCAUUUUGUCGGGUUAAACGGCGACACAUUGACCGUUACAGGAAGCUACUGAACUGAGAGAAUUACGACUUUGGGGAUUAACGGUUAAUCUCCGAAUGGAAAAUGUACAACAGCGUGUUGAGGAAUAAAAAAUAAAUAAAGUACGAAGCUGGAGGAGAAACAACUCUGAUAUGAAGUCACACAUUUUUGAACUUCGUCGCUCCUCAAGUAGCUUUUUUAUGCUCGUGUUCUUUCAUCAACAGAAAUAGAUAAAUACUAAUUUGAUAAAUAUUUUUGGUUUACCGGCACCAUCUGUGCUGUGAGGUUCAGCUAAAGUUCUGUUGUUCAUUGACUAAAUUAAAACGCAUAUUUAUUUUUUGUAAAUUCUGAGAAGAUUAAAGUUUUUUCUCGUAGAUUUUAAUCUCAAGAGAAUUGUGUAAUUUAUUUUAUUUUUUAUUUCCUAUAAUGGGUUCUCAUGGGUUCUACACGUUCUUCUUUUGUACAUCUAGGUGUAAAGAAAAGGUUCCUCCAAAAUGCAGUUUUAAUCUUGAGAUGGGUCGAACACUUUGUGAGUUUUGUUCUGUUUAUGAUUUCUUCUGAACAUCUGUGACUUAAAGUUUUACUUGAAACGAGUUUUAACGAGCCUCUUCUUCAUCACACAACCAAAAGGUGUUCUUCCUCUUCUUCUUCAGUCCACAUCAAUCGCUCCUUUUACCUUUUUAUUGUUUCUAUAGAUGCGUUUCUUUUAUUCUCCUCCAGUCUGCAGCUUUGGAGGCUCGUCUCCCGUCGAGGUGGAAGUUGUUUCUCCGUGUUCUUGCUGCUUUGAGGUGAAUAGAAAGAAUCAGCUGAUGUGAACAGGAAAGUUCAAAAGAAGCCAAAAACGUGUUUCUACCAAGCUGCUGACGUCUUCAGGAGAUUUAAAUUCAUAACACACAAUAAGUUAAGUUUUAAAUGUUUUCUGUGAACACGUAUCCGAACACAUGCUUCUUAUCAUUUGUGAAUAUUUAUUUGUUUGACGUCGCUCUUCAUCCACCAGCAUCACCAAAACAUUGUCAUGCUUCAUUUAAGUAUUUCUGUUUGUUCUGGAAUCUGAAGGUUUUUAUUUCGUCAACCUUAUUUUUUAUAGUUUGUCUUCAGAUAAAAUUCCUAAAAUCAUCUUGUGACUGAGAAAAGUCUUCUUUCUUCUGUUGUAGCGCGUAGUGUGGUUGAGGCUUAAAAGUUAUUUCAAAACAAACCUGUUACAGCUUUACGUAGUUUUUUUACAUAAUGUCGCUCCUCUGAUGAAAUGUUCACAAAAAAGGAUUGCGCUGCUUUUUUUACGGCCGCUAAAACUCUAAAUUAACCAAUUUUAAGGACUUUAAGUUUGAUAAGAGAUGUUUGUAAGAACAAGAUUAGAAGGAGUCAGUGACGUAUAAUCAAGUGUCAUCUGCAUAUAUAUAGUUCAUAUGUGGUGAGUAGAAAGAGACUAGAGCCUUGUUGUGUAUCUACAGUCCCCUUUUCUUAUAAAAUGUUAAUACGACAUUUCAGACGCAGCCAAAAGACUCCCAACAGAAAAACAAUUCUUUAGUUUUCACUCAUAUAAAUCAACCAGUGGACUGAAAUCUAUUUCCUUCACUUAUUUACCAGAUAAUCAAAUCCCUUCACCAUUAGUUUAUGUCCCCUGUGAACAUUUUGAGCUCUGAUUUAGCGUCUCAGACUGAGCACAGCGUCACUGAUGGAGAGUUUGCUCAGUUGAAAGCUCCAGAAAGUGGCCCUUGAGUCACGAUUAUUGUCAGGAGAGCGUAAUAUAAUAAACAGUUUGGUGUGUGCCGCGUAAUCAGGGUUUUAAACUGUCGAUGUUCUUCUGUUGUUUAACAGUAGCUGUAGUUUGAAACGUGUCUGACUUCUCUUUUCUGUGCCUGAAUCAAGUUUGAAGUUUUUUAGUCUCACGUUGAACGAAACUGAUCAAUUCAACACGAUAUUUAUUGACUUAUUGAUUUCAUAUCGACGUCAUUCCUCCAGACCUCACUCUGACAACUCUGCUACAUUUAGUUUAAUAUUUUAUAAAUGAGUCCUUCAUUUAGUUUUUGAAGUUGUUCGUGUUUUGUCCCACUUUUAUGAAGUUCUUUCUGAUUUUAAAACGAUAUAAUAUAACGUACAUUUUCUCUUGACUUCUUUUGCACUUUGGUGAGUCGCUGCUGUCUGUAACCUUCAUGCUUUAUUGUUAUAUUCUAUGGUGGGACCUCUUUCAGUGUUUUUUAGUUUAUUUCCUUUUGGUUUCGGCUUUCUAUCGAUUCAAUGUUCACUCAAAUAAAAUAUAUGCUUUAAAUGUU